AUGGUGCGUACAACGCUAGCAACGCUUUUUCUUGGUGUUUUGACUCUCAGCACAGCGGCGAUGGCCUGGGGCCAAUCGACCGACGAGCGCCCGACGGUGGGUGGCAUUCUUGCCGAUCGCCUCGGAUUGCGACCGCUGAUCGACAAGGCGCAAUCGCCGACUGACGGUGGAAGCGACACUCGCUUUCAAAGCCGGCCAAUGCUCUCCAAGCCUUCGCAGGUACGGCCAACCGAACGCGUCGCUCAGCAACUUCCUCUAAGCCCUCGAACCGGUUCAAACACGAACGGGGGCAUCGGAAGCAAUAUGCUGCCGAGCAAUCCAUCGCGAAACGUUCCGACUGAAGCGCCUUCGCGCUCGAGCCGGCGUCGGUCGAGCUCAGACAACUCUCAAUCUGCUGUGGAAACCGAAUCGUUACCACGCGGCAUCGACGCCCUGCGAGAUUUGCCGGGCAGCAGCAACACGGCCGCAAGCCUGGAUGACGAAGUAGCCGAGACUCGCGUCGAAACCAUCACUGCCGACGUCGACGAAGAGCCUUCUGAAACCUAUGUCUCAGACUCUAAUUCGACUGCCGACCAACGCAAUUCGUGGAAGAGCAGUUCGAUACAAGAUCGACUGUCGAUCGCCCGUGAGAUGAGUGCCGACACUCCUUCGACUGACGAAUCCACGCAGAGCACUGCAGCGGUGCCCUCGACCAGUAGUGACGUGGCCACCGAGUCGGACUCCUCAGUGGGAUACGAUUCGCACGAACAUGUGACCUCGCCAGAGAGCCCUGCUCCACGCGUGGCCGACCGCCGCGGAACAAGCCGUCCCAGCGAGACUCACGCCUCGACGGACGGACGCAAUGUACUCAUCACACGCAAGAGCCCUGUGCUGGCCGUGGAAACGAUCGGUCCGAGUCGGGUUCUGAUUGGCCGCGAAGCCAAGUACACCGUCAUCCUGAGCAACGCGGGCAGCGUGGAUGCCAGUGGUGUUGAGGUUUCGGUUUCUGUUCCUGAAGGCUGCGAUGUGGUCGGCUUCGAGCCCUCCAUCGGACAGACUCGCGAACCGCAGGUUCCGGAGAAGCGCGGCAUUGUCUGGCUCCUCAGCCACUUGCCCCAAGGCGAGACGGCCGAAUUGGAUGUGAAGAUCGUGCCUCGCGACAGCCGCCCCUUCGAUCUGGGAGUGCAAUGGACCUACUCCUCGCAAGCCACGCAAGCCGUGGUCGAAGUGCAAGAACCAAAGCUGACGAUGAGCCUGUCUGGCCCCGAUGAGGUCGCCUAUGGCCGCCCGUCGACCUACAAGCUCACGCUGUCGAACCCUGGUACCGGCAUGACCGAAGGUGUGAUGGUUCGACUGCUGCCCACGAUUGUGGGAGCCGAAAGCAUGCCCAGCCAUCGCGUGGGCAACCUGAAGCCUGGCGAAUCGACUUCCAUCGAGUUGGAAUUGACCGCUCGCGAGUCGGGCAAACUGGCGAUUAAGGCCGAAGCAACCGCCGAAGGUGGAUUGCAAGCCGCCGUGGACGAAGAGGUUCUGGUUCGCAAGCCUGAGAUUGCCCUGGAAGUGGUUGGCCCGCGAUUUCUGUACGCUGGUACUCCUGCCACCUACACCGUGCGAGCCACGAACCCUGGCAACGCUGCGGCCAAGAACAUUGCCAUCGAAGCCUUGGUGCCGACCACGGGUGAAUUCGUCUCGAGUACUCGGGGAGCCGAGUUCGACCAGGCCUCGCGUAAGGUGAGCUGGACGCUGGACACGCUUCCUCCGGGCAGCCAUCGCGACUUUGAGUUCAAAUGCAUCCUGAAGAAUGGUGGUGUGAUCAAACAACAGGUUUCGGCCAUCGGCGACGACGAUGUUCGCGAUCAGCAGGUCGUGACGACGCAAGUCGAAGCUCUGGCCGACUUGGUGCUCGAUGUGGUCGAUCCUCAGGGACCUGUACCGCUGUCGGACGACACCACCUAUGAGGUUCACGUCCGCAACCGCGGAACCGACGCCGCACGUGGGAUCCAAGUCGUGGCGUUCUUCUCCGAAGGGCUCGAGGCCGUCUCCGUCGAUGGCGGUGCUCAUGAGAUCGGACCUGGACAAGUGCUGAUGCGUCCGAUCGAUUCGCUCGACCCGGGCCGUGAGUUGGUCUUCAAGAUGAAGGUGCGGGCCGAUACUACCGGGAAUCACAUCUUCCGGGCGGAAGUGAAAUGCGAAUCGCUCGACUCGCGACUCGCGGUGGAAGAGACGACUCGCUUCUACGGUCAGCCUGCCACGGCGGCGGUCAAUCAGCCGAAUCAACCGGCCCGAUUGAUGGAAGAGCCGACCGAGGCGGUGCCGCAAGCGUCCGCCGAGUUUCAAGCGAAACACGGCCUCCUUUGCUGCCACGGUGGUGUAGAGAUAGCCGUCGUGGAAGUGCACAUUUGUGGCCUGGCUUCCGCCGGCAUCGUACUGACGGAGCAGCUCUCCGGUGGCCACAUCAACCACGUUGACCACACCGCCGGUCCACAUUCCGACAUACAAGCGACCGUCUUCGUCGAAGAUCAAUCCGUCGGGGUCGUGCUGGCCACCGAGGAUGCAGAGAUGCUUCUGAUCGGGCGUAACGCCGAUUCCGUUUGGAAAGGCCAGCCCAUCCGCCAGAAGCGAAACUUCGGCCGUCUUGAUGUCGUAGCGAUAGAUCGAGCCAACCGGGUUGUCGGCAUCGGAGCCACCGGGGUCGCUGAAGAAAAUGUUUCCUUCGCGAUCGAGCGCGACGUCGUUGACGCUGUUGAAGUGCUUUCCAUUGCAGCGGUCGGCCAGCACUUCGGCACUUUUUCCGUCAGCGGCAAUCCUCAACAACCUGCCUGCGCCCGAGUCGCUGGCGAUCAACCGGCCUUCGCGAUCGACCUUCAGCCCGUUGGCUUGUGGCUUUCGCACUUCAACCGGAACCAACUCGCGCAGAUUGCAGAAGACGCUAGCGGUGCCGUCAGGCGUGAUGCGGCCAAUGUUGCCGUUGCCGCGGUAGUUCACCACGUACAGGUUGCCGUCGCAAUCGAACGCAGGGCCUUCGGCGAACUCAAACCCGGUGGCGUACAACUCGGGCUCGACCGAGUGACUCGGCGGCAAAUCAUCGGCUUUGGCGAGCGUGGCCGCAAGGCAAAUGGGUAG